CCGUGGUGCGGCGCCGCUGAGGCCCCGGUUCCCGAGCGGAGCCUCCUCAGGGGUCCUGCCGCCGCUGGCGCCGUUCUUGUGGGCCCACAGCGAGCCGCUGCUGCCGGGCAGCGCCCCCGGUAACCGGGCUGCUGGGCAGGGGCUCGCUCAGAGCGAGAUCCAUUUCAACAACACAAAAAUAAUCCUGACUAUUUUAGGAAACCUAAUUGCAAUCAGAACUGAAAUCCCAUGUGGAAUGGUAAAUGUUUCAAGGCAAAUAUCUAUGAAACCAGUUCAAAAAGCCUUGAAAAUAAAUCUGUUUCUUUCCAGAGAAACUCUAUCUUCAUUUCUGUAUGAAUGUUCCAAGUUUAUUGCAUUUUACAUUCUUACUGAGAGAAGCACGUACAGCAUCUUGGAGGCCAUGGAUUUUGAGGAAGCAGCAGUUUUCCCUGCUCAGAAUGCCCUUGUUUCAGGCAGCAGGAAAGAAGAACUCUCUCAAUCUCCUUGGACUAACUGAGGCAGAAUUAGAAGAACAGUUUGUAAGAGGUGAUGGCCCAGGAGGUCAAGCCACUAACAAGACAAGCAACUGUGUUGUCUUGAAGCAUAUUCCAUCUGGGAUUGUAGUGAAGUGUCAUCAAACAAGAUCAGUGGAGCAGAACCGAAAGAUAGCCAGAAAAAUCCUCCAGGAAAAAGUUGACCUCUUCUACAAAGGUGAAGAUAGCGAUGUUUUUAAAGAGAAGAAAGCAUCAGAGAAGAAGAAGCAAGAGAAAAAAAGAAGAGCAAAGGCAAACCUAGAGAGGAAAAAGCAGUUUAAAGAGAUGCUACAAUUGGAUAGCAAAUAAACGUGGAGAACCAACUGGCUCUAGUAGGAACCCUCACAGGCUGCCACUGCGUUCUGCCUUUCAACAAUGAAGGGAGAGAGCUUCAAGAACCAAAGCUGUUAUACGUAUUUUGAAAGCAAGGUACACUACUAGCAGCUGUACCACCCGCUUAGAGACAUCGAGCGCAUCAAGGGAAACUCCCCAGCAAUCCGCAGGCCCGUUCCCUUGUCCUGAAUUUGAGCCUCCUGCAUGAAGGUUAAGUCUUUGCUUCUCGUACAUUGAGUAUGGAUCUGAUUAAAGUGACUGUAGAUACUUUUAGUACAAAUUGUUAAUGAAAAUAAGCUUUAUUACAUCAAGUAAUAAAUACAUACAAAGAUGCAAA